CCCACCAAUCCAUCCAAUACUACUUCCUAUCCCGACAUACUCCCUCCCAUCAUAUCUUUCACCACCUUCCACCAACUCAACAUAUAACGGCUCAUACUCAUUUCAUUCUUUCCCCCGCCCCCACCAAAGUAAUAAAAAGAACCAAGGCAAGAGAAAAUGGUCUGCGCCAAAUGCCAGAAGAAACUCAAACAAACGGAGCUCGCCACUCCCGGCGUGAAACGCAAAACAGAAAUGUACUAUGGCUCACCAGCCACAACGCUCGGUGGUAGUAGCAGCAGCAGUAGCAGUGGUGCUGGUGCUGGAGCUGCUGGAGGGAAAGCCAAAUCUAGUACGUUGGGGACUACGGGGAUUGGGAAGAGCAAACUCCUCAGCUCCAAAGCCAAGAACCCCUACGCGGCGUAUGCUUCCUCCUGUGAGGUUUGCAAAACCAAAACGGAGCAGGGGAGGAAGUAUUGUCAGCGGUGUGCGUAUCAGAAGAAUGCGUGUCCGAUGUGUGGGAAGGGGUUGACGGGGAGUUCGUCGAAGAAUCAGCCUGCGAUUACGGGGCAGAAGUUCAACUUGAAGUAGUCAUCAGUUUUUUCUUUUCUGCAUUUAAGAUACCUACUUAUUGUCUUUUGCCACUAUAACUGGGAAGAAUUCUGCAUGGCGUUCGGUUGAUUCGGGAUAGUCUUAGGAACAAGAAAGGUCUUUAUUGCAAAUAGAAAGCGAAAAGAGAACAAUAAAAGCUAGUUAUACAUGACCGACG